UGUUGGCAUGACAGCAGUUCUUCACCGGCUACAUCUUCGGUAGAUCCAAUGAGGUAACGCCGCGUUCUGGGCCCUACUGCAACCAGUGAACCUGUGAUAAGGGGAACUAAAACUCCCCACUGGGACAACAGAGAGACUGCAAAUCAAGGCAGUACGUAGUGAACUAGUGUUAGAAUCCAACGCUGAAAGUGCAAGCUCCUGUACAGCUUCAUCUGAUCACCUGAAGAACCUGUGCACAGCUGGGUGGAUGCAGGUGAACUGAGAGGAGUCCCUGAUGUGAUAAAGCUCAUAAUGGGAAUAAGGAUCCAGAUGUUGGUUGCUCUCACCUCUCUCCUUCUUGCCGUGUUCCCUUCUCUCACAGUGACUGUAGCUGUGAUGUCAGUCGACCUUGGGAGUGAGUGGAUGAAGAUGGCAAUAGUAAAACCUGGUGUGCCAAUGGAGAUUGUUCUCAACAGGGAGUCGAGAAGGAAAACACCCACAGUGGUCUGUCUAAAGGAAAACGAGAGAUUGUUUGGAGACAGUGCAUUAGGAGUGUCUGUGAAAAAUCCCAGAACGGUUUAUAGACAUCUGCAAAGCCUUCUGGGUAAAAAGCAUGACAACCUUCAGGUGAAGGUCUAUCAGAGAUGUUUCCCUGAGCAUCAGCUGCAGGGUGACCUGGUGAGAGGAACAGUUUACUUCAACAGCUCCCUAGAAACUUAUUACUCACCUGAGGAGCUGCUGGGAAUGAUGUUGAAUUAUUCACGUGGGUUGGCUCAGGACUUUGCAGAACAGCCAAUCAAAGACACAGUCAUCACCAUACCAGCUUUUUUUAACCAGGCAGAGCGAAGGGCAGUCUUGCAUGCUGCACAGAUGGCAGGUCUAAAGGUCCUUCAGCUCAUCAAUGACAAUACAGCCGUGGCCUUGAAUUAUGGUGUUUUCAGAAGGAAAGACAUAGACAGCACAGCCCAGAACGUCAUGUUUUAUGAUAUGGGCUCAGGCAGCACGACAGCCACCAUAGUCACAUAUCAGACGGUGAAAACCAAAGAGUCUGGUACCCAGCCACAGCUACAGAUCCGGGGAGUUGGGUUUGAUCGAAGUCUGGGGGGCUUUGAGAUGGACCUGCGGCUGCGGGACCACCUGGCCAAGCUGUUCAAUCACCAGAAGAAGAGUCCGAAGGAUGUGAGAGAGAACCACCGAGCCAUGGCCAAGCUCCUUAAAGAGGCACAGAGGCUGAAGACGGUGUUGAGUGCAAAUGUUGACUUCAUGGCCCAGGUGGAAGGCUUGAUGGAUGAUAUCGAUUUCAAAGCGAAGGUGACCAGAGUGGAGUUUGAAGAACUGUGUGCUGAUCUGUUUGACAGAGUCCCUGGGCCAGUGCAGGAGGCCCUCACAGCAGCAGACAUGAAGCUGGAAGCUAUUGAGCAAGUGAUUUUAGUCGGGGGUGCCACUCGUGUCCCCAAGGUUCAGGAAGUGCUGCUUAAAGCUGUGGGGAAAAUGGAACUGGGGAAAAACAUCAACGCAGACGAGGCGGCGGCAAUGGGAGCUGUAUACCAGGCAGCUGCUCUCAGUAAAGCCUUCAAGGUGAAACCCUUCCUGGUCCGAGACGCAGCCAUCUUCCCCAUUCAGGUGGAGUUCAACCGGGAGGUGGAGGAAGAGGAAGGAAUCAAAACCCUGAAGCACAACAAGCGCAUCCUGUUCCAGAGGAUGGCACCCUACCCACAGCGGAAAGUCAUCACCUUCAAUCGCUACACUGAUGACUUUGCCUUCAAUAUCAACUAUGGAGACCUCAGCUUUCUAAGUCAUGAGGACCUCAGUGUGUUCGGCUCUCUGAACCUGACGACGGUCAAACUGUCUGGAGUGGGCCACAGCUUCCAGAAGCAUGCCGAUGCUGAGUCCAAGGGGAUCAAAGCUCAUUUCAACAUGGAUGAAAGUGGAGUUCUGCUGCUGGACCGGGUGGAGUCAGUUUUUGAGACAAUUGUGGAAGAGAAGGAAGAGGAAUCUACUUUAACUAAACUGGGCAAUACCAUUUCCACGCUGUUUGGAGGAGGGUCCUCUGAGCCAACUCCAAAUGUAACCGAACCUGUCCAAGAGGAAGAGGAAGUUCCUCCUGAGUCUGGGAAGGAGAGCAAUGAGGCCCAGAAAAAUGAGGACAAGGACAAUGAGACUAAAAACGAUUCAGGGACAAGUCCAACAGAAGAGAAAAACGAGGAGAAACCGGAGGACACGGCCAGUAAAACAGAGACUCCGCAGGAAAAAGGUGAUCAGAAAUCAGAAAAUGCCGAGAUGGAGAAAAAGACAAAACCUCAGAAAAGAACCAAGAUAUCCGAAGAUGUCCCCAUGGAACUUCUCAUCAAUGACAUUAUGGACCCUACCGCUGAUGACCUCAUUUCCUCAAAAAAGAAGCUCCAGGACUUGACGGACAGAGAUCUAGCAAAGCAGGAAAGGGAGAAGAUCCUGAACAGUCUGGAAGCAUUUAUCUUUGAGACGCAGGACAAGCUGUACCAGGAGGACCACCAGCAGGUGGUGACGGAGGAGGAGCAGGAGCAGAUCUUGAGCAAGCUGAAGGAGGCUUCCGACUGGUUGGACGAGGAGGGCUAUGGUGCCACCACCAGGCAGCUGAAGGAGAAGCUGUCUCAGCUCAAAGGGUUGUGUAAGGACAUGUUCUUCAGGGUGGCGGAGCGAAGGAAGUGGCCAGAGCUGCUGACUGACCUCGACAACACACUCAACACAUCUAACUUCUUCCUCAGGGGUGCCAAACUGAUCCCGGGGGAUGACCAAAUAUUUACAGAAGUUGAGCUAAGUAUGUUGGAAAAAGUUAUCAACGAAACUACGGUUUGGAAAAACGAAACUGUGGCAGAGCAGGAGAAGCGAUCUCCGCAUGACCGACCAGUCCUGCUGUCCAGAGACAUUGAGUCUAAGCUGCUCCUGCUGCAGCGGGAAAUGAAUUACCUGCUGAACAAAGCCAAGUUCGCAAAGCCUAAACCUAAAGCCAAGAAUGAGACGAGCACUGAUGCAGGUAGCAAAGUCAAUGCCACAACAGAAGAAAAGGUUAUUCCUCCCACAGAGGAAAGCAAGAACCUAAAGACCGCAGAAAGCUUAGAAGAACAGGAGCCAGGUGAAUCCCCACCCAGUGAAGAGAGCACUCCACAUACAGCUGCUGACAGCCAAUCACAACCCACAGAAGAGACCCUGAGCAAAGAGUCUGCAGAGAGUGCUGCACAUGGAAACCAUGUAGAAGAUGAAUUAUAACAACUGGACCUAAGGCUGGAAAAGAAAAUCACUAUUUAUUGAGACAUUUUCAACUUUGUUUGCCUUUUUUAAAUUUUCGAUUUUUUUAUUGCCCUGUUUGUUCAGUUGCUGGGCUGAUUCUGGUUAAAGACUGGAUAAUAUUCCUUCCACCUCUUCCCUCCCUAUCUCUUUGUCCCUUCAUAUCUUCUGGUCUCUUUGGAGUUUGUGAGCGUUGGACAUUUUGAAGAAGUAGGUUAUGAAUAAAUACAGCCUGAGAAACCCUGAAAUACUGCACAAAAUAUGUCAAGUUUAAAAUCUAGGUCUCUGUUUUUCAAAACGGUUAGAUAUGUAAAUCAUUUUGAAAUGUUUAAAUGAUUUAACGUUGGCUGACCAGUUGGUCUGGAAUGAUUUGAAAUUCCUCUGGCAUCACCCAUAGCAGCUAUGGUUCCAUUUUAGAGACUGGCAUUUAAUAAAAUAACCUUUUAAUUUUGUUUUAUUUGGCACAAAAUUGAAAAUUUAAAAGCUCUAGAGUUAUAUUUUCAGAAAACGAAAACGAUGAACAGAGAUGAAGCAAACUUUAUAUUUAAGUAUAUCAGCAGUAAUCACCAUGCUUAUUAUAAAUCUGACAUUUUCCAAGACCAGCUUGAAUGAACAGGCCAAGUUUUAAUGAAUCAACAAACUGGAAUACUUGAUGCAGCAUCUCCAGAUAUCCAGCAGCAUUUUCACUGAAUCAUAUGAAUAUUGGAGAUAUCGAUGCAUAGUGGACUCCACAUUAGCGGAGCUCGGUCAGUAUGCUAGCAUCGGUAUGCAUACAUUUUUUUUUCUUUUUUUUUUUUGUGCUAAUUACCAGCGUAGAUGCGAUUGAGCUUUAUUAAAAGAAAAAUACUUGACCUAGUGUGGUCUGUCAUGUAGAAAUGAAGCUAUAAGUAUUGCAAAUGAUUGGUCCAGUCAUCAGAUCUGCUCAUCAAUCAGUUUUUCUCUUACUUAAAGGUGUGAAUGGUAAAUAUAUCUGUGGAGAAGUUUCAUUGGUUUUCAUUGUUAUACACCCAGAGUGGGUUUUUUGUUGUUUUUAUUUUUCUUUAAACUGGUUCUUGUGCUAAAUCUGAGCUGUUACCAGUUGUCUUGUGAACUAAAAAGACCUAUCUUGGCACAGUAAAACUGGUUCUGUCUCAGUCUGGUCAGAGAAAGGAGAGAUGCUCAUAUAGAACCCAGUAGCCAAUAAAAUGUGAGUUCUACGUUUAAAACUCUGGAGUUGCUUUUAGUUGUAGACUAAUCAAAACACUGACGUAACAUCAGGCCCCUCCAGUAAUGUUGGGAAUUUAGACCAACGUGUCACAUUGAGCUUCUACAGUCCCAUUUUUCACUUCAUGGCUGUUGUGUGUGUGUGUGUGUGUGUGUGUGUGUGUGUGCGCGCGCGCCGUGCCUGUGUGUUCACAUGGACUCACUGUUGGUGGAUAAUAGAAACAAUGGGAUUUUUUAAGAUAAAGUGUCUAUACGAGAAGUGAAAAAAUGAUGAUCUAAAGUAGGUUGAAAUAGUUGUUAGAAAUGAUGAUGUGACAAACUAAUUUAACUGGCUGUGGUUUUAUAGAAUCAGUUCAGAAGCUGGUUGGUGUUGGUCCUUCUUUACCACUUUAGUUCAAGAAACAUCUGUGAUGCAGAUUAUCACAUUGGCUUCACAGAACAGCCUUGGGGGAGGAGGGGACUUUGGAUUUGAUUUGUGGUUCUUUGAAGGGAAAAACUAAAGGCAGUAAAAAGAGAUGAAAUGUUUGUUUCUAAACCAUGAAUAAAGUUUUUUUUAAAUUUAAUUAAAACAUUUUUUUAUUAUGAA